UGUAGUUUAAUAACUGAUACGAUCGAUUAAAUUACAGUUCAGUUCUGCACCGACUAUGUAACACAAUAAAUAGAAAUAAUCUAAGUUAUUAUAUCAGAAAUGACUCCUUUUAAAAAACUGUUCAGAGCAAUUUUUGUGCUGCCAUUUUCUGCUGGAGACCCAAAGAAUCAGUAUCUAGGUGGAAUAGUCACUCAUGAUGGAAGUAUUUCUGGUGUAGUGUUUCUUGUUAGUGUAGUUGUUAUUCUUUGUGAAAUGUUAUUGAUUGGAUCAUUUGGUACUGAGAAAGAUUCUACGUUUCUAUUUGUGCUAACCAUGGAAGUGACCUCUGGUCUGGCUAUAUUGAUUUGCAUAAUUCUGUUAAUCUAUGCAUCAUUGAAACCAGGUAUACUCAAAGAAAACGAUUGCUGGGAUGUUAGUAACAAAAUCAUGAUGAAAUUUUUAUGGCUAUUUACCUUUGCUAGUUUGACAUAUAGUGGUAUUUUCAUUGCAUACCAUGCUGACUGUCUUAUAAACAACUACCCACUCGACCAUGUCAAAAAUCGUAUUCUUUGCGACGUUUUUCUCUUCACCUAUAGAUCAGUCCAAACAGGAUUUUUAACAUACUUUUCGCAACGAGUGUUUGUGAGUAAACUCAGAUUCUAUUACGGAUUACUUGUCUUAUUUUUAAUUAACAUAACAGUUAUUGUCAUAGAUUUUGCUCACUCGAUCCGUGACGUUAAAGACUUCAGUAUAAAUGACACACAAAUCGCAAAACCAAACACAUGUGCUAGCAAUUCUUCUAUUAGCACAAUUUUGCGUAGUGUAAAGAAUUUCCUGGAACCCGCUGAGCUUGAAUAUUCUUUAUUGACUAUUCUAUUUAUUACACAGCUAUGGCCAAGGAAGAAAACAAUUUCUAACAACAGCAAUCCACUGUGUAUAAUUCGCGACAGUGUUACUGAUGGGGAAUAUGAACCCUUAGUCUGUGUAAAUGAGGAUGUAGCAAUUUAUGAUAACAUUCCAUGUAGUGCGAAUUCCGAAAAACCUAAACGCAUGACUAUGAUAUUCGCAAAUAUUGCAUUUCCCGUGCUUAUUUCAAUACCAAGCACUAUUUUACUUAUUAUCAAAAUCUACGCUUCAAAAGAUGAAUUGGUAGAAAACGCAUUAAACAUCUUUAACGGAUUUCAAGUGACAAUACUUCUGUUUGUUUUAGUCAAAUGUUAUUACUUACUCCAGUCAGACUGCAAACCGACAAAAGUGGAAAGCCAUUUUACCUCUAAAGACUAUCUUAUUCUUGUCAGUUUUGUUGGAUCGUUAAGUUUAUACUUAAUGAGAUUAAUCUCAUACAUUUUACUCGUACAUACAGAUAAUCAAAAUCCAACUAAAACAUAUACUUAUGUUAUUACGAUUAUGGGUAUUUAUUUGCAGAUAGUUUUCUUAUUCCAAAUGAAAAACUAUGGAAAGGGAAAAAUCCAGUCAUCAUGUAUAUCAAUAGAGUAUACUUGCCUGUUUAUGUCCGUAGUCAACUUUAUGAUCUGGGCGGAAGAUUCUUUUAUAGCCGCCAGGUGGGUAUUUCGCGAUGACGCGCCUACGCUUUUCUAUGGUAACAAUGUGUGGGUGACAUAUUUUACUCUGCUUUUUCCUUUUGUUAUAUUUUACCGUUUUAAAUGUUUUGUUGCAUUUUAUGGCUUGUAUCACAGACUGUCAAAUGAAAUUUAAAGUGAAAUGAAAACUUUAAGUUAGUUUUGUUACAUAUAAUUUAAUUACAAAGUUUAACAUGACAUAAUGAAAUAAUACGAAGAGGGAUGAUCAAUUUCUGUAUAAUGAUCGUCUGUUUGCUGCUGCCAUCACUGUCAUUUUAUUGAAAUACUACUUGAGGGAAACACGAUCCAAAUAAAACAAAUAUUCACAAGACAUUAGAUGAAAGGAAGAUAUACGAUGAACGCUAAUAAUUUCCUCCUAAUAUAGCAAACAUACCCACUGCCAUUUAAUUAUGCAAUCCUUUGACAAAUGGGUCUAUUUUAUUGAUAACUCUUUAUAUUGGUUAGUAUAUUGCAUUUGUUUACGUCACUGUGACAUUUUAUAAUUAAUACGCUUAUUUGAUUAAAAUAGUUUCUCAAUU